AUGUCCACCAACUGCAAGCGUCGCCUUAUUCGAGACUUUAAGCGCCUUUCCACCGAUCCUCCCGGCGGCAUCUCUGGCAGCCCAUGCCCCGACAACAUCAUGCUCUGGAACGCUGUCAUCUUCGGGCCAGCCGAGACCCCCUUUGAGGACGGCACCUUCAAACUAGUUCUAACCUUUGACGAGUCGUACCCGAACAAGCCCCCCCACGGUCAAAUUCCUUUCGCGGAUGUUCCACCCGAAUGUAACCGCUGGUCGCCCACCUAUGACGUUGCCGCAAUCCUCACCUCCAUCCAGAGCCUCCUCCACGACCCCAACCCCAACAGCCCCGCCAACGCCGAGGCAGCACAGCUUUACCGCGAGAACAUGAAGGAGUACGUCCGAAGGGUGAAGGCCACAGUCGAGGAGAGCUGGCUCGACCCCGACGACAAAAUCGACGAGGAGUCAGAGUCCGAGGCCCAAGUCAGUGCGUCUUAA